UAAUUUUCACCACCCACUAAAACAUAAAACCGGCAACUUAAAUAACUAAAUAACUAACUUUUCCGCACCUAAUAACCAUAUACACAUUUAUAAUUGAAUGCAAUGCAUGAAAAAAAAUUAAUACCUAAAAUAAAUGUUUAAUAUUAAAUGAAAUGUUUCCCAGCCCCCAGUACUCCCUUGUAAAACCCUCCAUGUCUCACUUCAUUACUCCAUCAAUACUUCAAAACCGAAUUUGCUAGAGCAACCAAAUACACGAAACCACAUACCCUUACUACUAUUAUUUUAAGUUUCAAUGGAACAUCAACCAUCUCUAACCUCAAAACAAGAACUACCACCUAUAGUGGCCACGAUGCCAAGUCCUGGCAUGGGACAUCUGAUCCCAAUGAUUGAGUUCGCAAAGAGACUAAUCCGCCACCAAGACCUUGCCGUCACAUUUGUCAUCCCCACCGUCGAUGGUACUCCCUCCAAGGCUCAAACCACCGUCCUUCGCUCCCUGCCUAACACCAUUUCCCACAUCUUCCUCUCUCCAGUGUCCCUCUCUGACCUCCCACCAGACACCAAAAUCGAACCUCUCAUCUCUCUCACUGUGGUCCGCUCCCUCCCUUCUCUCCGCCACUACCUCCUCUCCCUCGCUGCCACCCACCACAUCUCAGCCCUCGUCGUCGACCUCUUCGGAACCAACGCCUUCGUCGUUGCCGGAGAACUAAACGUCCCUCCAUACGUCUACAUGCCUUCCACUGCCAUGUGUUUGUCCUUCGCCCUUUACCUUCCCCUUCUCGACCAACAAGUUCAGUGCGAGUUCAGAGACCUUCCUGAACCGGUCAACAUCCCCGGUUGUGUUCCGGUUCAUGGGAAGGACUUAUUGGACCCGGUUCAGGACCGAACCAAUGAUGCCUACAAAUGGUUCCUCCACCAUGCCAAGCGGUAUAGUUUAGCAAAGGGGAUAAUAGAGAAUAGCUUCUUAGAGCUAGAACCAGAGGCUAUCAAGUUUUUACAAAAGGACGAACCUGGUAGACCGCCGGUCUACGCGGUUGGACCGCCGGUGAAUGAUGACAAUCCUCAAACCGGGGACGAAGAGUGUUUAAGGUGGUUGGAUGAGCAACCACGUGGCAGUGUCAUAUUCAUCUGUUUCAGUAGUGGUGGGACCCUUUCUAGUGCUCAGAUAGAUGAACUUGCUUUGGGGUUGGAAAUGAGUGAGCAAAGGUUUUUAUGGGUUGUGAAGAGCCCAAAUGAUAAGGUUGCAAAUGCUUCUUAUUUCAUUGCUGAUAGUCACAGUGAUCCUUUUGAUUUCUUGCCAAAAGGGUUCGUUGAAAGAACUAAAGGGAGGGGUUUAGUGGUGCCAUCUUGGGCCCCACAGGCUCGGGUCUUGAGCCAUGGGUCCACCGGGGGGUUCUGGACCCAUUGUGGUUGGAACUCAAUACUUGAGAGUGUGGUGAAUGGGGUACCUUUAGUUGCAUGGCCACUGUAUGCGGAGCAAAAGAUGAACGCUGUUUUGGUUACCCAAGACGUUAAAGUUGCAUUGAGACCUAAGGUUGGUGAGAAUGGGUUGGUGGAAAGGCAAGAAAUUGCUACAGUUGUGAAGAUGCUAAUGGAAGGUGAGGAAAGGAAGAAGCUUCGUUUUCGAAUGAAGGAACUUAAAGAGGCAGCUGCCACAGCUGUCGGGGAAAAUGGGUCUUCAACAAAACAAAUCUCCAAGUUGGCUCUCAAAUGGAAGGGCCAAAGAACUGUAUCCAGAUGAAGUUUCCUUUCAUUUAUUCUCUUUCUCACUCUUUUUGCUUUUCUGUUUUUAUUUAUUUAUUAUUUUUUUACCUUUUUUGCACAAUAAAUCCAUGGUGUGCAUUAGGGUUUAGGAUUUAGAUU